AUGAACAAGGCUUGGCGUCUCGGCGCGCCGCCUGCCGUCCCAGGUCCAAUGCUGUUUCAUGAACCAACGCCUCGGUAUCCCAAGUUUCAUCCACGUCAAGCGUGUGCUAUCGAGCCCGAUCCGCUUUGCUAUUUCUGCGCCAGCUCAUCUUUGUAG